CACCCCCCCUCUCCUCCUCCUCCUCCUCCUCCUCCUCCCCUCCAUCAGCCUCUCCAUCCUCCCACACCCACUCCCCAAAUCCACCGGGGACCUGAGCCGCCUCCUGAUUGGUUGGAGAUGAGGCAACAAGGGGGGACGGGAACAAUGUCAUCAUGUCGCCUUAAAAAGAGUGCAGCUAUGUUGUGGUGAAAGCAGGUCGGGAGAGGAACAGAGGAACAGAGGAUCAGGAGCAGAGAGGAAACAACAACAACAACAACAAGAGAGUCAGAUGUUUGUGAGCGCGUGAGGCUGAAAGUGGAUUUCUUCUUCUUCUCCUCUUCCUCUCAUCAGAGCAGAGUCCAAAGUGCCUUCAGCUCUCCUUCAGGUCUCCCUCCAGCCCGAACAUGCCGAGAGGAUUUUUGGUCAAAAGAAACAAGAAGACUAACCCGGUCUCGUACCGGGUCCGGUCUGAUGAGGACUCAGAGCAGACCGAGUCUCUGCAGACCCCCAUCGCGCCCCUCUCCGUCCCGGUGCGCGCACAGACGCCGACGCCCACCUGCGGGGCGGUGGCUCCGGAGCAGGAUGCCAGACCGGUGCAGUUUGGAAACCCUGAGAUGGUCUACCAGGGUCUCUACAGCCCCACCAGACCCGUCAGCCAGGACCACGACCGCUACAGACGCUUCAACCUGGGGUCCCCGGUCACAGCAGAGUCCUUCCCGACACCAGCAGCACUCACGGCUCUGGAUCACCUCUACGCCCCUGUGGACCUGAAGAUCGGCACCAGCAACAGCAGCCGCACCGGGACCAGCAGCACCGUGACCAGCAGCACCGGGACCAGCAGCACCGCCCCUUCAUCCACCAGGACCCUCCCCCCCACAGCCGGGACCAAGAGACCCUCCGGAGACCCGGAGCGCAAAGGAAAACCAGCAUCCAAGAAAACCAAAGCGAUCCGGAAACUGCACUUUGAGGAUGACGUCACCACGUCUCCGGUGCUCGGGCUCAAGAUCAAAGAGGCCCCGGUGGACCAGAAGAGUCCCAGACCCCAGCCGGCCGGAGGAGACCAGGUCCCUCUGGGGGAGUUUGUGUGCCAGCUGUGCCGGGAGGCCUACGCGGACCCGUUCUCUCUGGCCCAGCACAAGUGCUCCAGGAUAGUCCGGGUCGAGUACAGGUGCCCCGAGUGCGACAAGGUCUUCAGCUGCCCGGCUAACCUGGCCUCUCACAGGCGGUGGCACAAGCCGAAGCAGACCGGGACCCCAGGGGGGCAGACCGGGACCCCAGGGGGUCAGAACCUGGAGAACGACAAAGCUGCAGGGUCCGGGAAGACAGAGGACCUGAAGGAUUGUAGUGACAGGGACACACCCAGUCCAGGACCGUCCGAGUCCGGCUCAGAGGAGGGUCUGUAUGAUUGUAACCACUGUGGGAAGAAGUUCAAACGCCAGGCCUACCUGAGGAAGCACCUGGUCUCCCAGCACGGGUCCCCAAAACCAGCAGAGGACGAGGACGCGCCGGUCAACCUGAGCGCGUCCAGCUGCCACAUGUGCCCGGUCUGCGGGGAGACCUUCUCCAACAGGGGCAGCCAGGAGCGCCAUAUCCGCCUGCUGCACUCCUCACAGGUCUACCCCUGCAAAUACUGCCCUGCGGUCUUCUACAGCUCCCCGGGACUCACCAGACACAUCAACAAGUGCCACCCCUCCGAGAACCGGCAGGUGAUCCUGCUGCAGGUCCCCCUCCGCCCCGCCUGCUGAUCCGGGACUCUGAGUCCAGCCUUAUUACGCAGAGGGUUUCAGAGUCACACUGAGAACACAUCAGACCUUUAAAGACACGAGGAGGGACUCUGGAUCAGAGAGUUUGAUUUGAAGAUGAGAGGGAGAGUCUGCUCCUGUCAUCAGAGGGAAUCAGAAAAUCAACUCUUUUAAAAUUUGAACUCUAAACUCUGAUUCACACUUCUGGAGCAUUUUAACAAAAAGAGUAAAAAGUGAUUCAUUCUUUGUUCUGGUCUCAUGUUGGUAAAUCUCUGAGUUAAAGAAGGAGACAAACUUUAUUUCAGGACAGAAAGAUGAAAUCCAAAUGUUCUGAUCUCUGAGUGAACACACACAAAGUGUCAGGAUGUGUUCUCAGUGUCUCUCCUCCAACAUGACUCACAUGCAUUAACCUGCAGAGGUCAGAGGUCAGCUGCUCACCUGCAGCUGGCAGGGGUUCAGUGCCUUGCUUGCAGACCCUUCAGCAGGUGUAGUGUGUGAGUGUGUGUGUGUGUGUGUGUGUGUGUGUGAACCCUGUCCCCCCCCUCCUCCUCCUGUAAAGCCUCUCUGACGUCAUGUUUUGGACACGUAAAGCGUUAGACUGUUAAUUUAUUUUUCUAGCAUCUCUGCACAAGUGCUAUUAGCUUCUAGACCUAAGAGAGGGGCCGAGCGGACACACUCACAGCGGGCCCGAGGGGAGCGUGUCUCAUGAUCACUCUGAUUAGCUUUAACCUAGCUGUGGAUCUGUGGAUCUGUGGAUCUGUGGGUCUGUGGAUCUGUGGAUCUGUGGAUCUGUGGAUCAGUAGCUGUUCCUGAAACAAAGCAGAGUCAGACUAGUGUAGCCGGUAAUGCCUUUGGAUUAGAAACUCCUGCUGUAAAACUGCCUUAAACUGACUGAUUGUUUCACUUAUUUAUCACAGGCUGGGUUUAUUAUUAUUAUUAUUAUUAUUAUUAUUAUUAUUAUUAUUAUUAUUGUUGUUCUCAUUUUCUACAGAGCCUCUGUAUUACCACGAUACAGUAUAUUCUCUUUUCUAUUUAUUUAUGUAUUUAUUAAAUUAUUGCUGUAAUUUAUGCUCGGUGUGCUCGCAGUGAUCUGUUGCUGGUUUUUCACAUGUAGCCAAAUCUUAUGUUCUUUUAAUUUAAAACGUGUGUGUGUGUGUGUGCGUGCGUGUGUGUGCGUGUGUGUGUGUGUGUGUGUGUGUGUUCAAGUGACUUUAUAGCAAUCAUUGAGUUUAUCAGCCGCUCUUGAAUAAUUCAAACUGAAUGCAAUCAUGGUUUUUGUUUGACUUUUGUAUUUAUUUGUUCUGAUUUCUUUGUAACCGGUAGCUCUUACACUGCUUUGGAUGUUGCAGUAUUUUGCUAAAUGUCCAAAUAUAAUAAAAACCAAACCAAGAAA